GUUUGAUAAGGCUGCAAACGCAACGCGGAUUGUUCGAAAUGGCUCUGGAUGCCUUUGUGCUUCCUAAAAGAGCAUAAAUAAUUAAAGUUUGGCAGGGAGGAAAAGCUUUCUUGCAGAACUGUAGUGGCAAUAAAUGAAAUGACUCAGAAUCUCUUCUCCAGUCAGUUUUUACGAGAGCUGCCAGACAGUGUCUGUUCACGUUCUCCAGAUACUAGGGGCGCCAUAACAAAGUUAAGGUCAAGUUAGUGUCUUAUCUUGGGUGGCACAAAAAUACCGCAUCUUCUCCAGCCGGACCGGGUAUAUUUUUAAACCUGAAUGUUAUGCAAGUCGUCUGAAUUUCCACGGAGGGCUUUUGGAAAUGUCACUUGGACCAGAAUACUUGGUAAUUCCAGGCAACGGUUGCAGAUGUUUCAAGACGCCUAACGGUAAAGUAUGCGCCUGACUGUGUACAUGAUGAGCAUUUGUGUGUCGAUGCUAUUUAAUCUGAGCAAGGCGAAAAAAGGGGGGGAACGUAAUGCUCAGAGCCGGGCUGGGAACCAACCCCAGGGCGAAAAUACUCUGGGCAGGCGGGGACCCCCAUGUCUGCCUUAUUGCAGCGGGGUCUCUGCUGCGAUAUUGGACUCCAAUUCCACAAAUUAGAUCGCUUUUUAAGGGUCUGUUUCCUAAAAGGGCUGUUUUCGUAUUAACAAAUCGUCGCCAUGUCUUUGAACUUGAAUUAGUUGAAACCGGUUGGUUCUUGCGCCAAAAUUUAAUUGAUGCUGGGCUUGCUGCAUCGAAAGGAAGGUGAAGGAUUCUGGCUAAGAUGUAAUUAGUUGUUUGAACGAUAAAGAAAAUGAGGCUUCAUAGGUUCCCAGAGCCAUCUCUCCUGAUGAGCUUGGCGAUCAGAAACCUUGGGGCACAAUCCAAACGGAUCCCUGCCCUUCUCUGCUACAAGCUCAGGGUGGUAAGUGACACAGGAGCCAUUUUAACUGCGCAGGCAUCAUUUUUAAGAGGUUGUUCAUGUGUUGUAGCAAAAUCGAGAAGGCUCGAAAGUUACCGAUGAAGGGAGGAAAUGGUGGAUUUGUGCCUUGGUUUCUAGUGAUACCUUGCGGGAGUUUAUCUGCUGGCAGCGAUUUGCGGCGUUUGAGGCGGUCUGAGAGUGAGGCACCAAGGCAGCGAAAAAAAAUAAAAUUAAAUGAUAAAAAAAUACGAUACGGUACAGAUAAAAGAAAAAGAAAGGGAGAGAUAGGGAAAAAGGACUGAGCUUCAUGUUAUCUGCCCGGCUUGGGUCUUUCGCUUUUCGGGAGGGCACGCGGGGCUGCGGGGCGGAAGCCCCCGGGGCAGCCCUGUCCCGCUUUGGGGGUCCGGGGGAGGCGGGAGGGGCUUGGGGAAGGCUGCGGGGCGCAGCCCGGGCUGGGGGGCUCCCGCCCCCGGAGCCUCUCCGCAGCGCGGAGCCGGGGGCGCGCAGGAGGUGCCUGGCACGGCGGGGCCGCGGGGCGCGCAGCCUGCGGCUGGCCGAGCCCGACGCCCGCAGCGGCGAUUCGCAGAGCCCCUUGGCCUGCCCCUGGUCGCCCCCGGUGCCUGGGGGCCGGUUCUGUACCUGCCGGGCUGUCUGCUCGCUGGGUGGUGGCCGCCUUUGGGGAAGCCACCCGGGGCCUGAUGUCUGGAGAGAGCGCCCGGAGAGCGCCUGGGUGGCAGGGGGCGACCCUGUUUGGCGUGCAGAGCUCGGCCGGAUUUCGGGUCAAUUUGGAGAGCGGCAUAUGGCGGGGCCACUCGGGCUAUGCUGUAGAGUGGCGGAAAAAGGCAUUCCCAUAGAGAGCUGGCAAACGUUUCUGGAAUGAGGGAUUGCUCGAGCAUAAGGCUAUUGCUGGCGCGUAUUAUUCAUUCUCUUCCCUUUUCAGCCUUUGUGACCCUGUUUGUGAUCGGCUAUGUAAAAUAAUAUUUCAAGGAGAAAAAAAAAGAAAAUUGGCAAAAAAGAGCCCUCGAGGGCAGGGCGGCUGUGGGGCUGGCGGGUGCUGUGCGUGUCGCCUGCUCCCAACCCUGCUUUUCCCUUCCAAUGAAAGUGAACGUUUGGGUGGGAGUUGGAGGCACGGGAACAGAGGUCACUUUGUGCGCUGCUCUGCUUCCCAAGGAAACCGUGCUUGGUGGACUUCUUUUCCUGCCCUAGCCCUUUUCUUUCCAGAAGAGCCCGAAAGUGCCUGCCUUUCAUAAAAUCCGCUGCUGAGAGAUAUUCCGUUUGCCUAUUUCUCAUUGCAGUUUGUCUCUGGCGCCCUUGUACAAGCGCAUGGUGUUUGGGCUUGAGCGAGGGAAAACGAGGUGAUCGGGACUCGUGCUUUGAAUUUCGGAACGGAUUUCGGUGCCAACUGUGGAUUGCUGGAGCCGAGCGGGCAGCCUCCCUCGCGUGCUAGGGCGUGUAACUGGGACUUGGCUCUCCCGAGUGAACCACCGCCCGCUCCCCAUCCGCCGAGCAGCGACCGGCGGACACCGCUCCUGCCAUCGGGGAGCGGCCACGCCACGGAGCCCGGGGAGCUGGGAGCCCGCUCCCCGCGGGGCACCUUCCCCGACGGAGCCCCCCUCGCUCCGCGCCCGCCUCCCCCGGCGGCGAUGCGGCGGGGGCGCGCCGCGGGGCCCCGCGGCGGGUGCCCGGGCGGCGCGGCCCCAGGUGAACGGGCACUCGCGGCACCCCCAGGCACCUCCUCGCCUGCUGGGGAAACGGGGGGAAAAGGCGAGGGUGCGCGCCCACCCGCUCCGCUCAUCCCUCCGUGCUGGGAGGGCUCUUUGGAGAGCUCUUAGGAGCCUUUCCGAAGGGCUGAUAUAGAUAUAAGGACAUUUCUACAUUGCGUCACGUGACAUAAUUACCACUAGAAUCAAUCAAGAUGAAUUGCACGUCAGCACACGGUGGGGAUUUUUUCUUAGUUGAUCCUGUCCAAACCCUCUUGUGCAAUAGAUGGAUCUUGUUCAAUGCAUUGAAGCCUCCUGGUUGCUUGCAAUCGCAAAAAGGAAGACAUGACCGAGUUUGACGAUUGCAGUCACAGCGCAUCCAAUAUGUAUCUGCCAGGGUGCGCUUAUUACGUCUCACCCUCAGAUUUCUCGACGAAACCCUCUUUUUUGUCGCAAUCGUCUUCCUGUCAAAUGACUUUUCCUUAUUCUUCUAAUUUACCUCAUGUCCAACCUGUGCGCGAAGUAGCAUUCAGGGAAUACGGAUUAGAGCGCAGCAAAUGGCAGUAUAGGGGCAGUUAUGCUCCUUAUUACUCAGCUGAAGAGGUGAUGCACAGAGACUUUCUGCAGCCUGCGAACAGGAGGACGGAAAUGUUAUUCAAAACGGACCCCGUGUGCAGCCACCAUGGACCGUCUCCUGCUGCCUCCAACUUCUACAGCUCGGUGGGGAGGAACGGCAUCCUGCCGCAAGGCUUCGACCAGUUUUACGAGACAGCCCCCGGACCCCCGUACCAGCAGCACUCCGAGGGCGAGGGGGACGCGGACAAGGGCGACUUGAAGCCCCAGAACAGCACUUGCAGUAAAACACCUUCCAGCCAAGAAAAGAAAGUGACAACAGCAAACAGCGCCGAUUCCCCUUCUGGUGAGGCUGUUGCAGAGAAGAGCAACAGUUCAGCGAUUCCUCAGCGAUCAAGGAAAAAGAGGUGCCCCUAUACCAAAUAUCAGAUAAGAGAACUGGAACGUGAGUUUUUCUUCAACGUGUACAUAAACAAAGAGAAGAGACUGCAGUUGUCCAGAAUGCUCAACCUCACUGACCGACAAGUUAAAAUCUGGUUCCAGAAUCGAAGGAUGAAAGAAAAGAAACUGAACAGAGAUCGACUCCAAUAUUUCACUGGAAAUCCCUUGUUUUGAAAGGAAAAAAAAAAAAAAAAAAAAAGGAAAGAGAAGGAUAAAGAAAAAGAAAAUAAAAAAAAAAAAAACAAAAAUCGAGAGAGAAAGAGAAAAUGAAGAAAGAAGGAUAAAAAAUGAAUAUAUCAGUCUCUCUGACCUGCCAUCUGAAUGCAAAAGUAAAUUGGUUUACAUGACACAUCCACCCUGCGGAACUCAAAGUUUCAUUUUCACGUGCAGCUCCCCACACUGAAUGGCCACUGGAGAUUUCGGGGCUUGGCGCAGCAGAUUCCUGAUAAGGGGAAACUAGGGUAAAUCCAACUGUCCAUUCUCGAGUGUUUCUCGACAAAGGUGCUUGUUUUCCUCUCCCACAGUACCAGCAAUGGACCUGCAGUGUGUCUGGUAGUUUUUGCUUACAAUUAAUUGAGUUCGGGGGGGCCAUGUUGUUGCUUUUGAGCUAGGAUAACAGUUUCCUCCCUUUAAGUGAAUGCGGUUUAUUUAAGAGAUGGUAAAUGUACGUUCGCUAUAUAUAAAAUAUAUAUAUAUAUGUUUCUAUUGUCAUCCAAAAGCAUGGGCCACUGUCUUUUUCAUGUGAAUAAAUGGUUUCUAGUAAAGUUAAGGUUAUAACUUC